AGUUUCCAUAAACGUUAACCAAACGGAACAAUAUUAGACCAGCUUCUUAUUUCUCGAAACGUCAUGAGGAAGUAUGAUCAGAAUUAAUACCGUUUAAAAAAUUAUGCCUUUCCACUGCAUCUGAUAUCAAUAGUAUGAAGCCACAUACAUGCUGGCUAUAUGUCCCUUUACUGUUACUGCUUGCUAUUGGAACUGAAAUAUCACAAAACCAAGUAAAUUGUUCAGUCGAACACAACAAUUCCAUAAAUUCAGAAACUCCUAAUAUUGUCAAAUUAUUAUGCGAUGGCAAUGGUCCAGAGCAAGUAAAAGUCCACUUUUCGAGCAGAAUUGUUAAAAAUGAGUAUAUUGUCGCAUUUAAGGGCUAUUAUAAGCCAUACACAAGAGAAAAUUAUAUUAGAGCAGCAUUGAAUUCAUCUGGGAUUCACAAUUGGAAAAUUUUAUUUCGUGACAAUUUGGCUAGCAAUUUUCCUAGUGAUUUCGAUGUUGUACUCUUGGAAGAAACAGAUAAAUAUGAUGGACUUGAUGCUUUAACUGAUCAUCCUCUUAUUAGGAGGGUAACUCCUCAGAAACUUGUCCAGAGAAGCUUGAAAUUUAUGAAUGCAUCCGAAGAUGCUGAUUUCCCAGAAUAUAAAAACUUUAAAAGAAAAAUCAACAAUUAUAACAACCAAUUCUGGCAGUCAACAAAUCGUCACACAUCUCGUAGAUUAUUAAGAGCUAUACCGAGGCAAAUUACAAGCAUACUUCAAGCCGAUGCUUUAUGGGGAAUGGGUGUCACUGGAAAUGGUGUUAAGGUAGCAAUAUUUGAUACGGGGCUAGCAGCCAGCCAUCCACAUUUCAAAAAGAUCAAAGAACGUUCUAACUGGACAAAUGAAAAGACAUUAGAAGAUGGUUUGGGUCACGGGACAUUUGUAGCUGGAGUUAUUGCAUCAUCUUGCAUUGAUUGCCUUGGUUUUGCACCGGAUGCUGAACUUCAUAUUUUUCGUGUUUUUACUAAUACUCAGGUAUCAUAUACUUCGUGGUUCUUGGAUGCAUUCAAUUAUGCUAUUCUUACAAAGGUCACAGUAUUGAAUCUUAGCAUUGGAGGACCAGACUUUAUGGAUCAUCCGUUUGUCGAUAAAGUAUGGGAACUAACAGCAAACGGUGUGAUUAUGGUCUCUGCAAUUGGUAACGAUGGACCAUUGUACGGUACAUUAAACAAUCCCGCGGAUCAAAUGGAUGUCAUCGGAGUGGGUGGAAUUAAUUGGGAAGAUCAGAUAGCAAGAUUUUCAUCGAGAGGAAUGACAACAUGGGAAUUACCAGCGGGAUACGGUCGAGUGAAACCCGAUUUGGUUACAUAUGGAUCAGCAGUACGAGGGUCUGCAUUACAAACAGGUUGCAGAACAUUAUCCGGAACUUCAGUUGCCAGUCCUGUGGUUGCUGGUGCUGUGGCAUUGUUAGCUAGUGGAUUCGUUCAAACAGAUGAAACUCAUCCUAUUAAACAAAAAGUUACUCCAGCUAGUAUGAAGCAAGCAUUACUUGGUUCUGCGCGUCGUUUACCUGGAGUAGGAAUGUUUGAGCAAGGUGCAGGUAAAUUGGAUCUGUUACGAGCAUUUCAUUUUCUUCGUUCGUAUACACCGAUUGCUACUCUAAGCCCAAGUUAUAUAGAUCUGACCGAGUGUCAGUAUAUGUGGCCGUACUGUACACAAGCCGUGUAUCACACUGGAAUGCCCACAAUUGUAAAUAUAACUAUAAUAAACGGUUUGGGAGUAUCUGGCCACGUGACGAACCUUGUAUGGCAUCCAUAUACCAGUAAUGGCAACGGAGAACGAAUUGAUGUAUCAGUAACUUAUAGUGAUGUUCUUUGGCCAUGGUCUGGGUGGUUAGCAGUUGCAAUAACAGUCCCAUCCUCUGCUCGUGAUUGGCAAGGCAUAGCACAAGGUCAUAUAUCAGUUACAAUUGAAUCACCGCCAAGUGAUGGGGAAGAGACACCAAGACAAUCUAAAAUAGAAUUACCCUUAAAAGCAAAAGUUAUUCCUACGCCCCCACGACAUAAGCGUAUUUUAUGGGAUCAGUACCAUAAUUUGCGUUAUCCACCUGGAUAUUUUCCGCGAGAUGACCUACGCGCAAAGAAUGACCCAUUAGAUUGGAACGGUGACCAUAUCCACACUAACUUUAAAGAUAUGUAUCAACAUUUACGAAAUGCUGGUUAUUAUUUGGAGGUACUCGGUGUUCCCUUCACUUGUUUCAAUGCCAGAAACUAUGGUACUUUGCUUAUGGUGGAUACCGAGGAAGAAUUCUUUCCCGAGGAGGUCGCCAAGUUAAAAAGGGAUGUAGAAGAAGAAGGUCUCUCUGUCAUUGUAUUUGCAGACUGGUACAAUGUCACUGUUAUGAGGAAGGUGAAGUUUUACGAUGAAAAUACUCGGCAAUGGUGGAUACCAGACACAGGAGGCGCAAAUAUACCAGCCUUGAAUGAUUUACUAUACCCUAAUUGGGAUAUAGCGUUUGGAGAUCAAGUACGUAAUGGUCAAUUCACUCUUGGUCAACAUCCUCCUGUAACAUUCGCUUCAGGGACUACGAUUACACGGUUUCCAAGAAAUGGAAUCAUUAUCUACGUAGAGUUACACGAUCAGGGCCAAGAACUUUUGCUCGAAUCAGAGUCAAGAUCUACAAUGUCCAUGCCAAUUCUUGGACUAUUCCAAACAAAUGGUUACAAGGGUGUUCAAAAAAUGUAUAAAGACGAUGACAACAUAAUAGUGAAUAAGGAAAAUGUAGACAAAAAUAAUAUGAAAGAUCAAAUAAUACCAGGCAGAAUAGUAGUAUAUGGAGACUCGAACUGCAUCGACGAUAGCCACCUACAAAAACCAUGUUUUUGGAUGCUUGAUGCUAUACUGGAGUAUACAACAACGGGUCAUGUCGCCACCGUGUUCACUGACGACAUUCGGACGAAAGCAAAAAUUUUGGAAAAGUCUACUGUUUUAGACAAUAGCGAACUGCCUCAACGUAUGGAAGAAAGUCAUUUAAGACGUCAUAGUAAAGUACUACUACCAGAAAGUACUAAUACCGGGCACAUUCGACCACUUCCAUCUUGCCCUACCAUCACACUUGCUGUUCCAAAACCAUUAAACGAAUCUGUCCCUAUAAAUCUUUAUAAACCCCAAAAGUUACUAUCUGUGGGAGAUACGAUAGUCGCGGUAAAUCCAGUUCUACAAGAUUCAAAUCCAUUGUGGCUUAGAAGGCGAGUCGGUGGUGCAAACAUUCCUACGCUUCAUCAUGCGGAGCGAAACAAUAUUAUUGACGAAUUAGAACAAAGUGAUGAAGAUAAUAGUGAAUUAUUUACAAGUAAGUGGAGUUACCUGGCAGGAAUCGUUGUCGUAGGAAGUAUUGUUCUCUAUUUAUUAAACCAAUGGAAUUGCUUGGUAUCAAAAAGGCAUUCUCGAAGAAAACGAACAGUCGGUAGAUUACGCAGAGUUAUUCAAACGAUUUCUGUGCGCAGAGUGCCUCAAAUGUGAUUUUAUAUUUGAGAAACCUUCAACCAGUGCAAGAUAAUGUUCCAUUGUCUGUGGUAAACGCUUAAAAAAUGAAACAAACUAUAUUAUGUGCCUUUAAACAUAUAGUACUCAACGUAAAUUUACAAAUUGUAUAACUUAUUUUGA